AUGACUCAGAACUCAGUGGCGGGGGUGCCCACCCCGAUGGAACCGCAGGAGGAGUGGGGGAGGGGUGAUGAGCCUUCCCAGAAUGCCCUGCAGGCGGUCCAAGGCGCGUGGUGGGAGAGGCUGUGGAGGGCGGGGGUGACGGCUGGCUGCUUCCUCAGCCUCUGUGUCCUCUCACAGAUCAUGGGAGUUUGGGUCCUGUACAUGAUGAAUGGGUAUGGAGCUUUCCCUGCUGCCCAUAAAGUCUUGGACCUCAUGCAGUACAUGCUGUCACCACUGGGGGCAUAUAAUUCACAUGAGGAAGAGUCAUCCCAGUCCAUGCAGAAGGAGCUGUGGAAGAUGGAGAGCUUGUGCCCCCUGCUGGCCACCCUCUUCCUUGGCAUCGUCAUCCUGGGCAUUGGGGUGCUGUACUGUCUGAGGACACUGGCUCCUGGGAGCAUCCCUGUCUACGCCGACGACCGCCGGCAGUCCAUGAGCCGCCAACCGUCCUUCACCUACUCUGAGUGGACCGAUGGCAAACAGGACGAGUUCUACGACCUGGACCCCGUGCCGGAGACCCCGGUCUUUGACUGCUUCAUGGACAUGAAGGCGGAGACCGACCCCACCUCGCUCACCGUCAAGCCAGUGGGGCUGCAGGAAAGGAGGGGCUCCAACGUGUCUCUGACACUGGACAUGUGCACACCUGGCUGCACGGAGCCGUACGCCUCCAUGUUGUCGCCACGGGAACAGUCGUCACGGGAGUACCUACAGACGGCCUCCAAUGUGCUGACAGCGGCCCAGCUGCACAGCCGUGCCCUGGAUGAUGCUGCAGUGCAGGCUGAGUUUUACGAGACUCCAAUGAACUUUGUGGACCCCAAGGAAUACAACUUUCCCGGACUGGUGAGGAAGAAUCGAUACAAAACCAUCCUUCCGAAUACGCACAGCAGAGUUUGCCUUAAAGCUGCAGACGAGGAUGACUUCCUCAGAACCUACAUUAAUGCUAAUUACAUGAGGGGGUACAACGGGCAGGAGAAGGCCUACAUCGCUACGCAGGGCCCCACAGUCAACACCAUCAGUGACUUCUGGAGGAUGGUGUGGCAGGAGCAGUCAUCCAUCAUCGUCAUGAUCACCAACAUCGAGGAGAAGAAUGAGAAAUGCACGGAGUACUGGCCGGAGGACUGUGUGACCUAUGAGGACAUCGAAAUCACCGUCAACCAGGUCAUCCAAGCGGAUGACUACAGCCUUCGGAUCUUCACCGUAAAGUGUGAGGGGGAGGAACGUAGCCUCAGGCAGUAUUGGUACACUUCCUGGCCGGACCAGAAGACCCCAGACAAGGCCCCGCCCCUGCUGGAGCUGGUGCAGGAUGUGGAGGAGGCGUGGCUGCAGGCCCCGCCCUGGAGUGGGCCUGUCAUUGUCCACUGCAGCGCUGGGAUUGGUCGGACAGGGUGCUUCAUUGCCACCACCAUCCUUUGCGAACAGCUGAAGAAGGAGGGCGUGGUCGACAUCCUGAAGACCACCUGCCAGCUGCGAUUGGACAGGGGAGGCAUGAUCCAGACGGCAGAGCAGUACCAGUUUGUACAUCAUGUCCUUAGCCUCUAUGAUCGACAGCUCUCCCGUCCUGUAGAAGAAUAGGAAUUGCCCUACACCCCUCCCACGACUAACAAAACACAAUUAACAAGAGAAGCGUCUGCCCCGUCUUCAUAACCCAGGUUGUGAGUCUCUCCAUACUCCAUCAUAGCCUGAGCUCUCUGAACCCCUCCAGAGCCAAAGCCAUCCCCGCAAGCCGUUCCCCAUCUGCCCUGAAGCCCUCUGUCCGCUGAGGUCUCCACGACUCCCCAGUUAAAGCACAAAAUGGGCGUCCAGUUGGACUGGAA